AUAUACCCAAAAAAGAGAAGUGAUACUUAUUUUGAUGUGGAGGAGUACUGGAGUACAUAUAUAACAGCGGGCCAGUGGAGGCUGUGGAGUAGUGGAGCUGCAUGUUCUCCUCUUAUGAAUGAAGCUAAGCUCCUAUAGUUGAUGUGUAAACAUCUUAUUGCAUCUAUAUAUCUACCAUUCGACAUUUCGGCCCCAACAUUAAAGGAAAACAAUCUUUUCUUUAAUACUCCGUAUUUGUAAAUUUCAUUUGUUAUUUUAUUGAUUUGUUUCAAUUCCUUCCUGCCGAGGCCUAUAUAAAGCACGUCCAACUCCACCAGAAAUCCUCACAAGUAUAUACUCUACAAAGUACAAAAAGGAAGAAAGUCUUGAAUAAGUAGUGAGGUUUAGUUAUUAGUAAGAUCAAUAUAUAUCCUCACUAAGCUAGCUAACAACAAUGGCAACUAAGCAUGUUUCAGCCCUUGUGUUCUUUGCCAUAAUCCUUGCCUUCUCCGUGCUUUCUGCCAUUGCUAUGACUUCCAUUCCUCAAUCCAAUUUUGAUGUAGCACGUUAUGGUCCCGGAAGUUUGAGGCCCACACAGUGUUUGCCGCAAUGUACAAGGAGGUGCAGCCAGACACAGUACCACAAGCCAUGCAUGUUUUUCUGCCAGAAAUGUUGCAACAAAUGCCUUUGUGUGCCCCCUGGUUUCUAUGGCAACAAGGCAGUUUGCCCUUGCUACAAUAACUGGAAGACCCAGCAAGGAGGACCAAAGUGCCCUUGAUCUAGAUAUAAAAGAAUUACACCACUUUUUUACAUCUACUUAUAAUUUCC